GCCCAACCACAACAGUCUUCCAGCAGCAGUAGUCGAAGUUGUAGCGAAGUUUUGGAGCACCAGAGCACCAGAGCACCAAAAGUCCUACUAGUCGCUACCCAAAGGUUAAUCAUCGAGUAAAAACCCCAGCGAAACCACAGCAAGAUGCGGCUUUUCCUAAUCGGCCUGCUGGCCCUGGGUUCGGCGAGGGCCUUCUCCGUGGUCCGCACCGCGCACCAUCCGCAACUGGUGGCCUACGCCCCGGCCAGGGGAGAGUUCCCCGUGGUCAGUGGCCUGGCCCAGGGCUACGUCCGCUACUACGAUGGCACGGGCGCCGAGCGGCUGCUGCCCUACAACUAUCCGGAGCCCCUGAACGGCAUCCGUGACCUGGCCUCCUCUAGUCUAGUCCGCUCCGGUGUGGAGCAGGAGAACCAACAGAUUGCCCUGUUCCGCGCCUGGUGCGAGCAGCGCUACCAGGCCAUGCGCCAGGAACUGGACCGCCUGAAGGAGCAGGGCCUGAAGCCCACGCCCCAGCUGUUGGCCCAGUUCGAGCCCCUCGAGCAGAUCGUCAAGUUCGCCGCCUUCGAAGCCGUUCCUGGACUGAGUCCCGAGGUGCAGCGCGCCAGGGAUGAGCAGCUGAGGAUCUGGAACGAGGCCAGGUUGGAGGUUCUGCGUGCUGAGCAGGCCCAGCAGCUUCUCGGCCAGUCCAUGGAGUACCAGUACAAGAAGGAGAACAUGCCGAUGAUCUAUGGUCAACAGCAGGAGCAGCAGUUCCUGCUGAAGACAUCAACGCCCCCGGUUGUCAACCGCAUUGAAACCGCGCAAACCCACUCCCAUGGUCAGGACAAUCUGCUGCUCAAAACGGCCACGCAAGCCGCUCCUCAGCCCGUGGAGGAGACCCCCGAAGUGAAACUGGCCCGCCAGGAGCACCUCAAGCAGUUCAACGAGGCUCUGCUCCGUCAGACCGCUCAGGAGGGCACCAUCCUAAAGACCAUCCCUGGAAUCCAGCAACCUGUAAUCAAGAGCACCACCACAACCACCACUUUUGAAAACCAGCCGAUGCCUGGACUCCAGGGCAUCUUCAAGACCAGCAGCUUCACAGAUCAGCAGACUCAGCAAACCAUUGAGGAGACUCCGGAGGUCAAGAGAGCCCGCGAGGAGCACCUCAAGUUGUUCAAUGAGGCCCUGCUCCGCCAGCCAGCUGCUCCCCAGGAACCCCUUCUGAAGACCACGCCCAUUCAACCAACUCAACCCAUUCAGGCCCAGGGCAUCAUCACCUUCCCAGGCCAGCAGGCUCCUCAGCCCGUGCAGGAAACCCCAGAGGUCAAACGUGCUCGGGAGGAGCAUCUGAAGCAGUUCAACGAGGCCAUCCUGCGUCAGCCCAUUGAAACCCAGCAGCAGCAACUGCUUCCCCAGGCGCCCAUUGAACCCUUUAUUCCCCAGGCGAUCCUUAAGAGCCCUAUUGCCGAUAACCAGGCACCACAACCCGUCCAGGACACUCCCGAGGUCCAGCUGGCCCGCGAGCAACACCUGCUGCUGCUGAGCCAAGCCAAGGUCAAGGCCGAGGACAAGGUGGCCGACAUUGCGGACAUGAUCCGCCUGGAGGAGCGUGAGCUGGAAAAGGUGCGCCUGCAGGACCUGGAGCUGCGCAAGCAGGAGGAGAAAGAGGCCCAAAAGGAGCGCCAGCAGGAGGCCGAUCGUCUGCGCGAGGAGACCCGUCUCCUGGAGGCCGAGCGUCUAAAAAUCGAGCAGGAGGACCGCCUGCGCCUGGAGAGCGAAAAGCAAGAGCUCAUCCAGCUGCGAACCGGCAACCCCAGCACCACCACCUUCGAGAAGAACACCCCAGAAUACCUUCGCAAGGCGGAGCAGUUCAAGAUCAUCAACAACCAGGUGCAGCCCCAGCAGCAGCAGCCCAACAUCGUGACCCAGCAGCAACAGGUGCAGAACGGCUUCUUCCUGCGCAUCCAGACCAAUGAGCCCAAUACCAUCCAGCCAGUCCCGACACCCGUGAUCGCCCCCAAUCCCUUCCUGGUGCGGUACACCGCCAAGCCGGCGGAGAUCCCGGUUCCCGUGCAGACGAUCCUCCCGCUGCCCCUGACCACGCCCAUUUCCUCCGACCUGAAAGCCGGCUACACCUCCAGCUCCUCCAGCUCCACCAGCGAACUGGACAAAGCCACCCGGGAGCACUUCCGUGCCCAUGAGAUCGCCCUGGAGCAGCUGCGUGUGGCCAACCUGAAGAACCCCUGGACCCCCGACUGCCAGCACUAGGAAAGCGAGCCCUCGCAACCGCAAACCCCCGAGUUGGACUGGAACCACUUGCAUUGCCCUAGGUUAGAUCACACAUCCCCCGGCCACAGCCACAGCCACAGCCACAUCUCACCCACACCCACCACCAUACCACUCAUACGCAUACUCGUACACCUGUAUACACAGCUUAGCGAUUCACUCCGAAUCCCGAUUCAAAAUGCAUUCAGUUGGGAAACAACGCAAAAUA